AGAGAGCUGCUCUCUGGUCAACAGGACUGCAGAAAACAGAUCCCAAACUGCAGCUUUGCCUUCACCAGGGUCUUUACUUCAGCCCCCGCUGUCUGUUUUUAAUUACUUAUUUUGAAGCAGUUUCCUCUGCCUUGUAAAUUACUGGACUUUGCCUUGAAGAUGGGGAUACAAGAUUAUAAAGUGAUUUAUCUUAUGACACUGGCUUUGCUUCUGAGUGCUUGUGCUUCAGGAGCAAAAAGAGGAAGUCAAGACACAACACCUACCGAUGAGGAGAGUUUCAAUCAACAUGAUUCACAAGAAAGCACACUGCAAGAUUUGCUCGAAGUGGAAGAUGAAGAUAAAGGAUCCGUGGACACACAAACUACAAGUCCUUUGCCCUUCACAGAGUCGGCCAAUUCCUCACUGGCUGAAAUUGGAAACAGCACUGAUGUGACUGGUGAACAGGUUCCUAAUAGCGAUCCGACCAAAAGGAGCAUCACAAAAAUCCACAAUCCUCUGUUUCCCAUCACUGACAGCUCUUACAGCGCUUAUGGGAUUCUCUUUCUGGCUUUUGUGGUGUUUGCCUUCGGCGUCGUGGGUAAUCUGGCAGUAAUGUGCAUCGUGUGGCAAAAUUACUUUAUGAGGAGCGCGUGGAACUACUUUCUUGCGAGUCUGGCUUUUUGGGAUUUUCUGGUGCUGUGCUUCUGUCUGCCCGUGGUGGUCUUUAACGAACUCACCAAUAAGAGGCUGCUGGGAGAUUUCUCCUGCAGAGUUGUGCCUUACAUAGAGGUAACCUCUCUCGGCGUGACAACCUUCAGUCUGUGUGCUUUGGGCAUUGACCGCUUCCACGCUGCCACAAGCUCCAUGCCAAAGGCCCGGCGAGUUGAGCGCUGUCAGAAGGUCCUGGCCAAGCUGGCGGUGGUGUGGAUUGGCUCUAUGGUGCUGGCGGCUCCCGAGCUGCUCCUGUGGCAGCUGCAUCAGGUGACACCCCCCGGUCAGGGUGACCAAGUGGACACCUGCAUCAUGAGUCCAUAUCCAGAUCUCCCCGAAUCCAUCUAUUCUCUCGUUAUCAACUACCACGACGCACGCAUGUGGUGGUACUUCGGCUGUUACUUCUGUCUACCAGUUGUCUUCACCUUGCUCUGUCAACUGGCCACCUGCCAUGUAUCCGGCGGGAGCGGAAGUUCUCCCAAGCGGCCCGAGGAGCGAUCUCCAUCCAAAAAACAAAAGCUUCAGCACGCUCAGCAAAUCGAACGGCAGCUCAACUGCACUGUCAUGGCCCUGGCGGUGGUCUAUGGUGUCUGCACGCUGCCGGAGAACGUUUGCAACCUGACUUUGGCGUACGCUCCCAUCCAGGUGUCCGAGGAGGUGACUUCUCUUCUGGCCCUCAUAAACCAGUUCUUUCUGUUCUUUAAGUCAUCCGUGACACCAGUGCUGCUGCUUUGCUUGUGCAAGUCUCUGGGCCAGGCCUUCAUGGACUGUUGCUGCUGCUGCUGUGAAGAAUGCCAACCGAGCAACUCUUCAUCCACCCAAAAUGUCGCUGAAGGCAAGCUCAAGACCACCAAUGAUGUGUCCUCCAUUUUUUUUGACAAAGCCAAGGACAGUUCAACCAUCUUGUCCAUUGGCAGCUGAGUAGGCCGAUUCCGUCCCCAGUUGAUGACAUCAUGAGAUGACAUGGAACCUACAACCUACCUUCUUCUCGUUAUCCACAAGUGGCCAUCAUUGCAUGAGCAGUUCUUACCGUUAUGUUGGAGCAUGUUAGCAUUGUUCGACUAAUCUGAGGCCAAAAUUGCAAUUUUGGUUUUGGUACAAACAUUGUGGGAAAAAAAGAUUUUUAGGAUCUAAAGUUUGCCAUAAAUCUGAAGAUUCAUUCCAUAAUAUCUCAGGAUGGCUCAGUGUACCUAUAACGUCUUAAAAGGAUAAUUCACCCAAUAAUUUACCUACCCUAAUGUCAUUUCAAACCAUUGACUUUUUGUCAUAUGUAGAACACAACACAUAACGUUUAUGCCCAUACCAUGAAAGCCAAUGGGGUCCCGUGUUGUUUUGCACUCCAUUGACUUUCACAGUUCUUCAUUAUAUCUUCUUUUGUGUUUGAAAUGAAGUCAUACAGGUUUGGAACAACAUUAGAGGGAGUAAAUGAUGCCAGAAUUUCGAUUUUUGCGUGAACUAUCCCCUUAAUAUAUCACCAGGGUCUCCGCUCAAGUCAGUAUAAUUUUGACUUCAGAUGUCCCACAUUCAUAGUUCUACUUUUCUGUACAGACAAUUAUGAAUUUUACACAUAGCUCAGAGUGUAUAAAUAUUUAGCGAAACGCUCUGUGAGAUCAGAAACGCAGUGAAUACUACCAGAUCACAAAUAACACAUCAUCUUGUUCAUAUAACAGGAAAAACUUGCAAAACAAAAAUGUUUUUGUCUGUUACUCAGGCAAAUGUUAUUUAUCACUAAUUUUAAUUAAUGCCACUUUUUUCAUAACCACUGAACAUUCGUCUACACCGUUGAUUGUCAACUUCUGUAUAUAAGCACUCAGCUGUAUUAGAAUGUAAAUAGGUUAUUUUGAAAGCAACCUCCUUGAGCAAACUAGCUUUUCAAGCCCCUUCAUGUAGUACGGUAGGACAAAAAAGACAAAUUGAAUGGUUUACCUCCUCAAGGGACUAUUGUAACUUUUGCACAUAGCUGCUUUCAUAAGCAAAUUCUUUUAAAAGUCCAUAAACAGUUGAUAAAACUCUAUUCAAUAAAUGCCUUUAAAUAAUUAA